AAAAUGGGCAAAUCAAAGAAAUCCAAGGGCGGCUACCGCAGCGAUCCCGUCGCCAAAACCGUCAAGCCUCCCUCAGACCCUGAACUCGCCGCUCUGAGAGAAAGCAAGAUCCUUCCCAUCAUCAACGACCUCAAAAGCGCCGAUCCGAAAUCUCGCUCAACCGCUGCCUCGCUCAUCUCCAGCAUCAUCCAGGACACCAAGUGCCGCAAGCUGCUGCUGCGAGAACAGAUUGUCUACACUGUUCUUACCCAAACGCUGACAGACGCUGCUCUUGAGAGUCGGGCUGCCGGCUGGGGGAUCUUGCAGGUCCUGGCCCAGGAGGAAGAGGCUGACUUCUGUGUCCAUCUGUUCAGACAAGAUGUUUUGACGGCGAUUGAGUUUGCUUCAAAGCUGAUUCAAGACAAGAUUACCUCAACAGAAACCCCCUUUGCGAAGCUGCCCAAAGCUGAAAAAGGCUUCGUUUCAAGUAUUGCUGCAUCUUUAGUCUCACUGUUAACAGCCCUGGCCGAGGCCAGCGAGGAGAUAUUGGAAGCUAUCUGCAACAACUCGACCAUCACCAAUCUACUGUUCACACUCAUCUCAUACAGGCCCCAAGAUGAGCAAGAUCCCAUAGCAGACAUCCGCGGAGACGCCAUGGCUUGUCUCAUGAUUCUCUCCGAAGACAACUCAGAUCUAGCCCAGAAGCUCACCUGCCGUGGCAGUACUACCUGCUAUGAGGCGCUGGUAGGUCUGAGGAACGACGUCAGCGGAGAUGGCAUCUUGGCUUGUACCAUUCUUCACAACAUCUACGCCUCUCUUCUCGGACUGAAGAACGUUUCGCCAAAGACCGACGUUGCCGACGACUCAGACCUUGUACCAACCCUUACAAAGGCCAUCGCUGGCUACGUGCCCGGGCAGAACGUCGCCAACGGCAGCAGCUGGUCUAGUCCUUCGGAAUAUCAACAGCUGGCCCUGGAAACGCUUGCGUCCAUCGGCACAAGUCUAGUCUCUGCAAUGAGCGGCCCCCAAUCAUCUUCCAGAAAGGAGCUGGGAGCUUCUGAAGCCGAAAAGGAGGACGGUGACGAAGAUGGCGACGAUGACGAAAACAUGGACGAAGUGCUCUCUGACAAGGAGGAUGAAGACGACGAAGGUGAUGACGAAGACGACGACAUGGACGAGGCCGAAAUAGAGGCCGAUAUGGACAUGGUCACCGGCGGCGACCACGGCGACGACAACAUCGAUGAGCUCCCCACCCUCAAGGCUCUCAUCCAGGUCGCCCUCCCCGAGCUCAUCCGCCUCGCCACGCUACAACCAUCGGACGAUCUCGCGCUCAAGAUGCAGGCCCACGCCCUCUCCGCCCUCAACAACAUCGCCUGGUCCGUCUCCCUCUUCGACCUCGCCGACGACUCCAACGCCGGCAUCAAGAACGCCUGGACCCCCAUCAGCCGCGCCCUCUGGCAGCAAAUCAUCUCACCGACCCUCGCCUCCGACACCGCCGACGUCGACCUCGCCACGCAAAUUACCAGCCUCGCGUGGGCCGUCGCCCGCGUCCUGCACGGCGAGACGCCCCUCCAGCCCAACGAGCACCGCAAGUUCAUCUCACUCUACCAGGCGACGAAGGGGGCGCCCGCCCGCCUCGACCCGGAGGAUCCCUUCCAGGCUCUCGGCGUGAAGUGCAUCGGGGUGCUCGGACAGCUUGCCAUGCAUCCUUCCCCGACGGACCUCAACCGCGAGAUUGGCACGUUCCUCAUUACUGUCAUUGCGGGCCUUCCGGAUACACCUGCUGCGGAUGCAGUGGAGGCGUUCAACCAGGUCUUUGACAUUUACGGCAACGAAGAGUAUCCGUAUGAUGCGGAAGUUUUCUGGAAGGGCGGCUUCCUGAAGCAUCUCGAUGGCGUGGUGGCAAAGGCAAAGGCCAUGGCCAAGAGCAUCAACAAGAGCGCCCAGUCUGAGCUGAGGCACAGGGCGGACGAGGUCGUCAUGAAUUUGACAAGAUUCUUGGCGUAUAAGAAGAAGCAUAAGCCGGUGGAGGUGACGUUGAGGUAG